AUGAACUCCUUUUGCCAAUUGGGGGCUCUGGUAUUCUUCUGCCUUGCCCAAUGGGCCAAGGGUAAGGUCUUGCCAGUAAGCUCUGUGAGCACGGUUCGAUUCGAAGUCAACUUGACCUGGGCGGACUGGCAUGAAGCUCCGGGUGCUCCUAGAAAAAUGAUUUUCACCAACGGCCAAUUCCCAGCCCCUGAGCUUCGAUUGCAACAAGGUAAUAACGUGGAGUUCUACGUUCACAAUAAACUUCCCAACGCAACAACGAUCCACUUCCACGGAAUUGACCAAAUGGGCACACCAUGGUCCGAUGGCGUUCCGGGUUUGUCACAGAAGCCUAUCCCUGCCGGUGGAAAGUUCCUGUACAAAUGGACCGCCUUACAAUAUGGAAGUUACUUCUACCACGCCCAUACCCGGGGCCAAAUCGACGAUGGUCUCUAUGGGCCGAUCUAUAUCAGCCCAGAUAAAUCUAUUGAGAAGCCAUUCCGCCUGAUCACCAACAACACAAUGGAACAGAAACUGAUGGAAAGGGCUGAGAAACGGACCUCGCCUGUAAUGCUUUCCGAUUGGCGCCAGUUGACUUCUGAGCAGCUGUGGAACGCCGAGGAGGCUAGCCGACGCGACGCUUUCUGCUCCAAUGCACUCAUGAUUAACGGAAAGGGCUCUGUUAAGUGUUUGAGCCAGAGUGCGCUUGACGAAUACACGACUGCAGCCCAGAAAAUUGUUCUUGGAGGACAGAAACUGACCGAUAUUGGUUGUCUCCCUCCCUCGAAUGUUCUCGCGGAAGGGACUUAUUCUCACAACCUUAGCGCCCUCCCACCUACCGUCUUUUCUGGAUGUAAAUCUCACCAGGGUCCUAGUGAAGUGCUCAAGGUUGACCCAAUCAAGGGCUACGUGAGCUAUGAUCUGAUCAGCUCUGCCGGUAUAGCGACCAUGAUGUUCUCUAUUGACGAGCACAAGAUGGUCGUCUAUGCCGUGGAAGGACAAUAUGUUGAGCCAGUCGAGGUUGAUGCUAUUACAUUAACAAACGGGAAUCGAUACUCUGUCAUGGUGAAGCUUAACAAGCCCUGGGGUAACUACUCGAUUCGCUUGUCAAACUACGGUGUCAACCAGGUUCUCAACACCACCGCGACCUUCUCAUACGAGACAGGUCAUGGGACCCCUCAACAAAAGAUGAAGAAGGGCCCCUCGAAGCCGUCAAUUAGCAUCACCGGAUCGAACACCACCGCUGAAACCGUCAUCCUCGACGAAUCGAAUAUCGUCCCAUUCCCAGCUACAGUCCCCUCACAAGAUAUCGCGCAGACCCACGUUUUGAAUAUCGGCCACUAUCACACCUCCUACCGCUGGAUACUAGGCAACUCAAGCUACGCCUUAGCCCUCGAACAUGCUCAGCCCCUACUCUACCACCCGAACAGCUCAGUCGCUCACAGUGACCUGACCCUGCACACAAAGAACGACACCUGGGUCGAUCUCAUCUUCUACGUCAGCUCUCCAUUGCAACCUCCUCAUCCUAUCCACAAGCACUCAAACAAGUACUAUGUCAUCGGCCAGGGCCAAGGUAUUUGGAACUAUACAACCGUGGCAGAAGCUAUGGAGCACAUCCCCGAGAACUUCAACCUCGAGACCCCACAGUACAGAGAUACAUUCGCGACUCCCGCUGCCGCUACGGGCCCGACGUGGCUGGCGAUCAGAUACCAUGUUAUCAACCCAGGAGCAUUCCUGCUGCACUGCCAUAUUCAGGUCCAUCUGAGUGGCGGUAUGGCGCUUGCGCUUCUUGAUGGGGUUGAUAAGUGGCCGACCAUUCCUGAGGAGUACAGACUCGCUGAGAUGAGAGGGUGA